ACCCAUCUUCUCGUCACAAGACAUAAAGCCUCUUCAGUGUCUAAAACCAAAAGCUGUCGGACAAACACCUCAAAAGAACCUUGACAUGCAGACAGUUUAUGUUAAACCGUUCUUAAACUUACGAGAACCUCUCUUCUCGCUCGUUCUCCCAUAGUUCAUAUCAAAGUAUAUCAGACCGACCGGUAGAUAAGUUUAUUAUUCAUCAUCCCUGUGGCAACACUGAAACGACCACUCCUCUGCCUAUGGCGAAGCGAGAUAGCGAGCCAUUAAAGCAAACCGCCCCUUACAAGAUCCGUUCCUUUAAUAGCUGUUUUAUUUUCAAUGAAAAAUCUUCUUCCGCCGGGCGGAUCAUUCAAAACGCGCACAAGAAAAGCGAGGAUGUCUUCUUAUUGCUGAUCGCAAGUAAAACAUAUUUGCUUCGCAUUAAACUUCUCCUCUUUAGCAAACAGAUGGGAACAGAUGGGCAUUGUGAUAACCCUAUCGAAAAUCGAGCGUUUUUUUUUCGGGUGUAUUGAAAGUUCCAGGCUUGCCUCUCGCUUUGAAUUAACUAAACAUGACUUUAUAGUUACCGAAGCUCGCGAGAUCGCCGUAUUUUCGGCUUGGUCGUGUCAAUAUCAAGAGAAACAGCCGAACGGUACCUUUACAACGUACUUGUUUGUGGCCGAUUGCUUGUGUUUGUACGCCCUUAUACCCAAUUCACAAAGCAGUUUGAUGAUGCAAAUUUUUUGUCGUAGAGUAGAAAAGAGGAACAGAGCGGGAGAGAGGAAGAGAGAGAGAGAGAAAGAGACCGCAGAUUUUUUUGUCAAGAGCCUUGCACAAAUCAGUGUCACCAUCGUGACUGAUGGCAGGUGGAUGGGCGACACACAAAAACAAAUACAAUUUUUAUUCGUCUGUAGUACCUAUUUAAUUAUCUCGUCAACUCAUCCGUAAAACAAGCAACGUCUUUUAUCUCAGACCUCCAGUCAACUUCUGCUAAUCAUUUAUUAAUCAUUUAUUAAUCAUUUAUUAAAGCGUUCCGCAGGAGUAUGCCACGGUAACAAGUAACUGAAAGAGGCAUGCGUUCAUCAAUUUUGGAUUUCUUUCUCCCAACAAUUUUUAUCAUGAACCAGAUUCAAGUCAAUGUGAUUCAUUCUUGUUUUCGUCCACUCAUCAUGUCUUCAUGAUAGUUUUUCGUUUAACCCAGUCUGGCUUUAUGGUUUCCUUUUCCACGUGCAAACCCCUUCUUUUCAUCAGAUUUUUCAGAUGUAUGAAUUUAUGAUCUAUUCCCUGUCAUUCGCAGCUGUUGGUUGGUCUCGUUAGGAAUAGUUAGAGAGGGCUUUUUUCCUGAAGACUAGCACAGUUUUUGAAAAAUUCCUAAUUAUUAACAAGUUGUGAUCAAAUCUUUGACUUUUGAAGUUACCACAGCAACAAUACAGCCUCUUAAAAACCCCCUUUAUUUUCGCUUUGUGUGCUUGCAUCUCAAAAAGCAUUUCAGUAUAGUUCAGUUUGCCUCACGCUUCACCGUUGAACUCCAAAGCUUCUUGAAAAUCUGUGUAUAAUUCAGAGCCACUUUAAUCUAUGAAAUAUUUAGGUGGCGUUGAACUUAAAAAAUAGGUUUUCCUAAAAGUUUCUAGGAAGGGGAAUCUUGAUAUGUUGACCACAUUUCAACGAGAAAUGAAACGGUUUGGGGGUUACAGUCGAUCAAAACUGGUGGAAAAAUAAUUCUGCAUUUUUUGAUACCAUUUUCAAGGAUGUAAUCAUAAAUUUGUGGAAACUAGGAUCCUCCAAAGAAUUAGUACUCGAGCAAUAAUGAGUUAUUUAAGUAGAUACUUUUGAGUUCAGUUAUUAAAACAUCGCCUUUAUUUGUUCAGGCCUAGUGGAAAUAACAAGGAAUACAUGUAAUUGCCCGUAGGAUUAAAAUCCAUGUCGCAAAAGUUGUCGUGACAACUACGUUAUCUUGUAACAGAAUCUCUCAGUUUUGUAAAACAGAAUUCAAUUUAGGGCUUUAAGGCUCGUGUUUAUGGCUGAACUGCACAGUGCUUUAUUAUAUCGAAGUUACCUUCUGGUAUUACUAGAAUGGUCUGAUUAAGUGAUUUUUUUGAUAAGAGUCAAGGCAAUUACUUUUAAAGUUUGCUUUUCACUAGAAAGUAAAUAAAGUUUAUGACGGACUAAAUAAAAAUGAACUUGAUUUUCUUCCGACUGAAAACAGGAUUUACGGUUCAAAUGUGGUUCUUUCCGUUGACAACGUUUUCCAGCAAGCACAUGUGACUCUCGACUUUAAUCUUUAUCGACGCGCGCUCCACUUCCGCCAGGCAGUCUGAUUAGAGGUUAUUAACGAUUUUAAUCAGGAUUAUUUGUCAACAGUUUGAUUAGCGAGGACAAGAAAACGAGAUUUUAAGCAGUCAACAGAAGUCAGGUUUUGAAUAUAAUAUAAAUAGAGAGCAAAAGGUCGCACCGAUGAUGAAUAACAACAGUACUGAUCGACAACUGACUUAACAACAUGCGAAAGCAACUUGGUUUACGCCAUUACUUCGCCAUCGGCAGCCUGGUGACGGUUCUAGUUGUUUCGUUUUCUUUUUUAAAUGAGCGUGUACCAUCGUCAAGAGAUUUUCUCUCAAAAAACUGGGUGUCCAACAAUGUUCUCUCUACAAGUUAUCAGCGACAACGAAAGGGUUUGUUAAUCAUAGGACAAGGUCGAUCGGGCACGAGUUUCCUGUCGAGGAUGUUUGCUAGCGGAGAAAGGAUUUUCGAAGUCUAUGAGCCUUUACGACAUCGCAAACUCACAAACGUUGAAAAGAUAGAAGUCCUGAAAGCCUUCCUCUCCUGCAACUUCGCUUCAAGCCCCCUUUGGCGAAAAGACUACUUUCCACCUUUCUGGCACUUGAAACAGAAGUAUUACUUUGUUACACCGAGUCAAGACCUGGCGUGCUUAAAAUACAGAGGUGGAACCACACGCUGUUUCCGUGCGGAGCAAUUGUUCAUAAAAUUUCUUGAUAAAUGCAGAUACAGCUAUGAGAGCACUGUAGUUAAGGAGCUUACUGAUCGGUUACCAAACACCAGUCUGUCAAGUCUAAUACCGGAAAUUAUUGACCGCACAAUAGGUACAGAUAUCAGACUACUGCACGUAGUGCGUGAUCCUAGAGGAAGUAUUAACUCGAGGAUUAAACUUAAAUGGAUGCCAGACUACGAACAUCCACAAUUUCAGAAAAAAGUUCAAACUUACUGUGACGAAAUUAUCCAAAACAUCGAGUUUGGUUUACAACUUAACGAAUCUCUUCAACAGAGAUAUAAACUUAUCUUCUACAAGGAUCUAGCUACCCGGCCGGUUGAAUCGGCGAGAGAAGUCUUCAAGUUCGCGGGAUUAAAGUUAUCAGAGAAGACAUUAAAUUGGAUCGAAAACAGGACAAGUCCAAGUAAAAUGGAUUCGAGAAAGCAGUUUAAAAAUCCAUACUCGUUAGUAAGGGAUUCUAAGUCGAAUAUAGAAAAAUGGCGGAUGGAGUCGCCACAAGAACGAACUUUGAUUAUAGAGAGAAUUUGUAAACCGUUGAUAAAACUUAUCGAGAAAAUCAGUAUCGAAAGAGAAUAUUUUUGAUUUGCUUUCUUAAGGAAGCGCAAAAUGGUUUUGUUAUUUUCAAUACUAAUCCUGUGAUUAUUCAAGGAGGCUUUCAACCGAUUUACUGAUUUUUAAAGAAAACCUUACAGACAG